AAAGGAAAGUGAUCCGAGAAGAUGCGUGCUUUUCGAGAAACCCGAGAAUUUUCAAAACAAAUAUCCCACAUCUGAUUUAUGAAGAAUCUGUCUAAUAAUGAUCUUCAAGGAGAAUUACCAUCUCUAGACCAGGCAGUGAUGGAAAAUACCAGAGCAAAUGAUAUACACAAGCGAGUUCCCUUUUUAGUACCGUUUACUAGCAGGGUUAAGAUUUUCACUACACAACUAGCAGCAGCUAGGCAAAGGAAUGGAUCUCUUGCUGUUUUUGCCAGAAACCGGUUUAGAAUUCGACGAAAUCAUAUAUUGGAAGAUGCUUUCAGUCAGAUGAGUGCAUUGUCUGAAGUUGAUCUUCGAGGAUCGAUACGUGUGUCUUUUGUUAAUGAAUUUGGAGUUGAGGAGGCAGGAAUUGAUGGUGGUGGUAUUUUUAAAGAUGUCAUGGAGAACAUUACACGGGCAGCCUUUGACGUGCAGUAUGGUUUAUUUAAGCAAAUCGCUGACCAUUUGCUCUACCCCAAUCCUGGUUCGGGAAUGAUACAUGAGCAACAUCUCCAGCUUUUCCAUUUCCUCGAAGUUCUUUUGGCAAAGGAGCAUUAUGUCAUUGAGAUGUUUUGGGAAGUUAUCAAAAGUUUCUCCGUGGAAAACCAAAAGAAAUUUCUGAAGUUUGUAACUGGUUGCUCUCGAGGACCUCUUCUUGGCCUUAAAUAUCUUGAGCCAUGUUUUUGCAUACAAAGGAAAUUGGUGUUUUGUUCAUUUUUCUCCAUUUCCUGGCAAGGAGCAGCUGGCAAACAAAUUUCUUUAUGCCAUAAAUGCGGAUGCUGGUUUUGAUCUAAGCUAAUGGAUGUUGUUGUUUUACCCUUCUUCUUGUUGAUAUACCUUUCGUAACAUCCUUUCAUCCCUAAUCUCAUCCUCGACCACAACCACUGCUUUGACCACGAUCGUCUCUCCGAAGAUUUGUGAGGUAUGUUCUUGGAUUGGUUUGACAUUCUACUUUUCUCCCAUUUUCAAUAAAUACUAAUCACCGCUUCAUCUCUAAUCUCAUCCUCGGCCAUGCCCUGAUUUUGUCUAAUUUUGUUUUCUGUUAUUUUGUGAAAUUCUUAUUUUUCUUGUGAUCUUUACAUGUAGAGAUAGGAAGAAAUAUCAUGCUCCAAAUACUAGUCCUUAUGUUUCAAUUGGCGUUAGAUUUAUUUAUGUGUCCCAAGAAAAUCGAUCACAUUGCACGAUACCUUGAGCUCCUUCGGUAAAAUCUGAAUCAAAAGUGCCUCCACUACUCAUUGUAAACAUUGAUCAGUUGAUUAAGGAUCCUCUAGAAUCUGAUCUUAAUACCGCUUUCAGACAAGGGAGGAUUUAAUUACUGAGAAACAAGUCUCUUUAUUUCCCUCACAAGCUCGACAAUGUGAAGUUCCAGAUCGCUUGAAGUCAAUUGUUGAGCGAUGUGGAACUACUUUGGUUUGAGUAUAGAAUAACUUGAUCUUGGUUUUUCAGCCAAUUAUCUUUUAGGUUUGUUUUAGUGGAUCACAUGAGGUUCGACGAAUGCUUUUAUUAUUUUGGCCCUCUAAAGUUCUUAUGAAAUAUUCUGGUUCUAGUCACUCACUCAAGAUCGAAGGAUGACUUGGGAGGGAUAUUUUUUUCAACAAAGCUGCAUUGUUGUUAGCUCUCCCUUGGUGUUUCCUUCCAUCUAGUCUGAAGUUUUUAGUCUGCAAUUUUCAGCUGAUUUUGGGCUUCUUGUUGAAAGGUUUUAAGUUCGCUUUGUUCUCAGUUUUCUAUUGUUUUCUCAGGAUUUUGAUUGUUUUGUUCAAUUUGUCUGUACUUUUGUUUUGGUCAUUCUUUUCGCUCUUAGUAUAAUUCUCCUAUAGUUUGAGCAUUAGUCUCUUUUACUUACAUC